AUGCUGUUAACCCGACCCGCUACUGCGCAACCUCCUCAGCAACAACGCUUUUAUCGUAACCAGCCACAGCCACACCAUCAGCCUCAAGGUCACCACUUCUACCCUCACCCACUUGACUUUGACAACGACACCAACCCAGACGACUCGACAAAGGACAUUAACAUUUCGAGUAUAUCUUCCUCGCCUCUCUCGACUCAGUCGUUCACGUCUCAGCACUAUUCACUCGGGACGCACCCGUCCUCCUCGUUUCCCAACUUUGACUCCUCUCAUCUUGCUGUCCCAAGAAGAGCGGCGCCCGCCUCUGCAGUUUUCGGCGAUUCACCUGCAAGCGUCGACUUGAGCAACCCCAGCCAACUUUCACAAGACCUGAUGCAGUCCGACGCCUGGGUUCUUGCAAACCAGUACAACACCAAGCCUGUUGGUCGAUUCUCCCACCAACGGGAGUCAUCGCUGUCGUCACUGGGUUCUGCUGGUCCUGCGUCGCCCUUUAGCCACAACACAUCGAACCCCCACAUUGCAGUCACUGAUUCUACUCCCGACGGCCUCUACGACAUGCAAAGUCAGGAAAGCAACUCGUUCUAUCAGCUGGCCAAGGCCAUGCCAUCUCACGACAAUGUUUACCCCAACUACAACGGUCUUGCCGCGAUACCCUCUGACAUGAGUGGGUACACUUCGGCGCUCAAUGUACAGAGGCCUAGGUCCGAUCGCAGCGGCCUUUUGCCCGCACCCGAGCUUUCCGUGGCAGGCAGCAGCAGGUCACACCCAAAUUCUGUGGCAAGCUCGGUAGCUGGUGACUCACCUGCAACGCCAUCCGCAGGCGAUCACGAAGAUGAUAGAAGACGCAAAGCUGUUUUCAACAACGUGCCCAAGUUGGACCGCACAAUGACAGACAUCUACAACGACGAACUCUACAGUCCCAACUUCACUAUUACAUCAGCGUCGCCGGCCCACAGCCAAAUGGCAAUGUCACCCAAUAACGACGUCUUUGCUCAACGGCUGAACGCUGCCAACAAUCAACAUCUCAGUGCUGCGCAAUCUCCAGCCUCGAGUGGUUCUCGAGACCGGUCACCGUUUCGCCAAGGCUCGCCACUUGCACCCGUUGCAAGCCAUGAGUUUGGUGCAAAUCUGGUAGGGUCCCGCCUGAGAUUCAACUCUGCACACCAAAUGAGGGAGCAGAAGAAGGUCGAGAGGGAUGCGCAGAUCUUGAGACAGCAACUAUCCAUGAAGUCUGAACCAGAGACGCCCAAAACGAUAUCGCCUAAAGACGCCAUGUUGGAGUUUCAUGAUGCGGAGGGGGAUGAUUCUUUCCCGUUGUUUCCCUCCCAGGAUGCGGCGGACUUUGAUGAUCUCGCCAAGUCGGCGGUCCCCCAAGACCACAGUGGCACGUACGCGAGAACGGCUAUGCCAAGUGCUGCUGCUUUCCCGUACGUGGCGAUGCAAUUCCCCAACGGCGUCCAAAUACCUCAACAAUAUCCUUUCAUCGCACACUCACGACAAUCACACGAGCAAACAACGCGCUUGAGCUCAGCCGAGUCCAGUUCAGGAACGUCUGAAGGAACAUCUAGUUCCACUGGUGGUCCUCCGGUCAAGCCAGCUGGCGCCGCCGCCGAUGGUGGUACAUAUACCUGUACCUAUCAUGGUUGUACGUUGCGUUUCGAGACGCCUGCACUCCUGCAAAAGCACAAGCGCGAGGGCCACAGGCAAACGCAAACUCUCGGCGGUCCUCGAAGAGCUGAUACUAGCGUUGCGCCCUCACCAAACAGUUUGCUCAAUAGCCAGGCAGGCCCACACCGAUGUGAUCGGAUCAAUCCUAGUACUGGUAAACCAUGCCAUACCAUCUUCUCGAGACCCUACGACCUCACCCGCCACGAAGAUACCAUUCACAACGCGCGAAAACAGAAAGUUCGUUGCAACCUGUGCACAGAAGAAAAGACCUUCAGCCGCGCGGACGCCCUCACAAGACAUUACCGUGUUUGCCAUCCCGAUGUCGAAUUUCCUGGGAAACACCGCAGACGUGGACAACAAGUAUGA